CUGUCGCUGGCGCAAUCCACUUAGGAUCAGCAGCUGGCAUCUUAUCAACACCUGGUUGAGAGUCAAAAUGGGUCUAUCGCCAUGCUGCGCGGCAUGUUGGAUGAGAAAGAGGACGCGGUUGUGGCCUCCACCUCGGCAGCCUCUGGCAGCACGGGCUUCGAGGUCGAGGGCGCCAGGUGCCGGCAAGGAAGAUCCUCACGAGGGCGCGGCGCUGGAUUCUGUGAGUCAGUACAUUGAUGCCUAGGUGCUGGAGGUGGGCGCACGAACUCGAGCUUAUGCGGAUGAGCUUAUGAAAGACAUUCUCCCAGGUAUCAUCAAAUCUGUUGCGGCUGCGCAGGUCCAGCAGGCAUUGCCGCGCAUCGUCGAAUCCUCUGCCACGGCGUUCGUGGGCCAGUUCCAGCCCAUCGUCGCGAGGGUUGCUGAGCGCGUGCGUGAGCUCGACAUUAAAGUAUACGACUUGGAAAGUUCAUCCAGCCGUGGUCCGACCUCGCUGUCCUCACCAUCGUCCUCGGCACCGCGGUUCGGCAAGUGCGAGCGUAGAUGCUACCGCAAGGACUGUGUCUUCAUUCGCCCUGAGGGCUGUAUCUCUGAAGAGGAUGUGGAAACUCCGCGUCCCGUGGCUGCUGCAUCUACUCAACCUCAGAGGAUAGCAGCGGUUUCGAAGCCCAGCAACCAUAUUAUGUUUGAGGGUCGUGUUAUUAAGGUGCAGAUGUAAGAAAUUUAUGGCCAGCUGCUUGUUGAGUUGCUGGCAGAUUCGGAUACCGAGAUUCCUGAACCAGACAUCGAUUGAGCACCUGGUCCACGCUUCCUUUACUGGGGCGGCGGGUCCUCUUCGGGUUCUGGCUCGUCUUCUAUUCCAUCAACCCAUAGUGUACUAUCCUGUUUAUCUGUACUGCUUCGCUGUCAUUCAUUACCUGCUGUGCAGGCGGCUGAUUCUCUGAGGGUCUGCGGACAGAGGAACCCCUUUGGGCACGCUCG